AUGAGCCGACAGCCGGAGCGACCAGCGGCCUCCAAGGCCUCUCGCAGGCCCAUCAAGGGGAUCCUGAAGAACAAGACCUCUGCGGCUUCCCCGGUGGUGGCCUCCGCCGAACAGCCCCGCCGGAGCGUCAAAGAGGAGCUGAGUAAAAAGUCCCAGAGGUGGGAUGAAAUGAACAUCCUGGCAACGUAUCAUCUAGCUGACAAAGACUAUGGUUUGAUGAAAAUAGAUGAGCCAAACACUCCUUACCACUGUAUGUUAGGUGACGAUGAAGAGGCCUGUAGUGAUUUGGAAGGCAAUGAAGUCUCGACUCCAGAUGUCUUAGCUAAGAAAUUAGCUGCAGCGGAAGGCUCGGAGCCAAAGUAUCAGACUCGGGACCAAGAAAUCAGUGGAGAGGAGGAUAAUGACCUCUCCCCGGAGGAGCGAGAAAAGAAGCGGCAGUUUGAAGCAAAAAGGAAGCUUCACUACAACGAAGGACUGAAUAUUAAAAUAGCCAGACAGUUAAUUUCAAAAGAGCUCCAUGAUGAUGACGAAGUUGAAGAAAUGUCAGAGACUACAGGUGGAGGCAGCAGGAACACGGAAGCGUCAAAUCAAGGCUCUACAGCCAGUGACCAUCUGCAACACAAAUCACAAAGUUCGUAA